UACGCGGCGCGUCUCUCGGGGAUGGGAGUAUGCGGCGCCGCUUGCCCAUUGACGUGUCAUAGUUGGUACGAGCGUACACAUGUGUACACGCGCGCGUACAUAUAUUACGUUGUUGCAUGAUCUCGAAUGAUACUGCUCUUUUGAUAGUUGUUGAUAGAAAACAUAACCUCGACGCUUUGACACUUUCCCCCCACGUAAUUAAAUAAAAACCCAGUAGAAGGGUUUUCUGCAGGCCUCAUAGAUGACAAUGACAUAUAUCGGUGGGAAGUACUCAUUAUUGGACCUCCGGAUACAUUAUAUGAAGGUGGUUUCUUCAAGGCACAUUUACAGUUUCCAAAAGAAUAUCCACUUAGGCCACCACGAAUGAAAUUUAUAACCGAAAUAUGGCAUCCAAACAUUGACAAAAAUGGAGACGUGUGUAUAUCGAUACUGCAUGAACCUGGUGAUGACAAAUGGGGAUACGAGAAAGCAUCCGAGCGGUGGUUACCAGUUCACACAGUCGAAACUAUUCUGAUAAGUGUUAUUAGCAUGCUCGCAGAUCCUAAUGAUGAAAGCCCCGCUAAUGUGGAUGCCGCCAAAGAGUGGAGGGAAAGUUAUACGGAAUUUAAAAGGAAGGUGGCGAGGUGCGUGAGAAAAAGCCAAGAAGAGUGUUUGUAGGGGAUGAACAAAUAUACAAAUGGAAAGACUUAUUUAAUUCUGGAAAGCCGUAAGCACUGUAAGAAAGAAACCGAUGCUCAGCAUAAAGCUAACGGACAGCAGUGCCACUAAGAGCGGAAUAAGCCUGACCUAUCCUUAUGCAGAGAGAAGAAGACAGAGUGUGUGUGAACGCGAGAGUAGAACUCGUGCUGCUCUAUCAUGUUUAUUAAACCACCGCCACCAACAUAUGAUCCAGAUCCAUCAAAACGGAGAACAUAAAAGAAAUACACACGCAAUUCAUCUUUUACAUAAUAAACAGCUAAAGAAAAUUAAUUUACACAUAUACAUAAAGCAAAAAAUCAUCUCUGUAUAAUUACUACCUUAAUAUUAAUAGUUCUUAUAAACUUUUAACUCUCCCCUGCCCCUCCUAUGCUCAAGAAUUACCCUGACCCCUUUGGACCGAACCUUGUAAUUUAAAAUAAUAUGUUUACGUUUAUCUCAAUAAUAAUUCCUUAGUGUCGUUUCGUAUUUUCUUACUUUCGUAAAUAUAUACAUGUAUAAAUAAAUUUUUAUAAAAUCAAGGAAAAAGACGGGACACAUACAUACAACAAUCGUGUAAUAUGUCAGCCACACCGAGAAUGAAAUGCAUACGAAUUAAUUGAUACACUACGGUGAGAAUAAUGCCGUAUUUAUGCGCGGCAAUGUAAAAAUAUAUGUUAAAUUUUAAUCGAACCGUAAGUUGCCAAAAUAAUGAAUUUUAAUUCAAGUGAUAAUAAUAAUAUUAAUGUAUCAAUAAUUAAGCUAGUGCUCGUGACAUAACGUACGUGUUAUAAGGUACUCGCUCUUUAACUGUCAUUCAUAUGCACGAUAACGGCGCUUACUUUUCAAAGUAAACUUGCGGUUCUUUUUUUUUUUUAAUCACAGUUAUGUGACAAUUAUAUUGUUUAAAAUUUAAAUAAUUUUUUCCUUUUAGCAAAUUCGUUCACAAUUUAAAAAUUAAAAUUUAAGUUAAAUUUCAAAUAAUUCAUCUAAUUAUACAUUAUUUCAUAUUGUCAAUUAAAUCUUAAGACAU